AAUAACAAACGCAGGCCGAGGCAGGCUCUGUAAUUGUAUUUUCUAUCCAAUAAAAACUAAAACAGAGAGAUCAUGGGCGUCGGUUUAAUAAAAUCGUAUGAAAAAUCGAUUGUAUGCUUGUAGCAGAACCGUACCGGACCGGGACCGCUAAAACCCUUACUUUAGUUUUUAAUGAUGUCGCCUUGUCCGCUCAGUCUUGCUUCACCGGUGCGUUAAACCCUGUCCGAUCUUCCUCUCCUCUCCGCCUCUCUCACUCUCAUCUCUGUGUAUGUGUAAAUGUCAUCGAUUGCGAAUCGAGCUAGGUCAACUUCUCUUCCGAAUUUUCUCGCAUGGCGUGCUUUGGGUUUUCGUACCAUUUGCUCUGGCCGCCUUGGUGUCGCUCCCUCUGAUCCAGGCUCGCCGGCCUCCGCUGGAACCAAAAUUUUGGAAUCUUUUAAGGAAGAAUUCGAAGUCGGAUCCCGCGUUGUCUCGUUCGAGACGGGAAAAAUCGCUCGUUUCGCUAAUGGUUCCGUUGUUCUCGGCAUGGACCAGACCAAAGUUCUCUCUACCGUUACCUGUGCUAAGACCGACUCGCCUCGAGACUUCUUGCCUCUCACUGUUGACUAUCAAGAGAAGCAAUACGCUCAAGGUUUGAUUCCAAGUACGUAUAUGCGAAGAGAGGGUGCACCAAAGGAGCGGGAGCUGUUAUGUGGCCGGCUCAUUGAUAGACCAAUCAGACCAUUGUUUCCUUCAGGGUUUUACCAUGAAGUUCAGAUAAUGGCAAGUGUUUUAUCGUCGGAUGGGAAGCAAGAUCCAGAUAUACUAGCAGCUAAUGCAUCAUCAGCUGCGCUCAUGCUAUCCGAUGUUCCAUGGGGAGGACCCAUUGGAGUCAUCCGAAUAGGCAGGAUAUGCGGGCAAUUCGUUGUCAAUCCAACUAUGGAUGAGCUUAGCUCAAGUGAUCUCAAUUUGAUAUACGCUUGCACAAGAGAUAAGACUAUGAUGAUUGAUGUUCAAUCCCGUGAAAUCUCAGAGAAAGAUUUAGCUGCUGCCCUGAGGCUUGCUCAUCCAGAGGCUGUUAAGUAUCUUGAUCCCCAAAUAAGAUUGGCAGAAAAAGCUGGGAAACAAAAGAAGGAGUACAAAUUGUCAAUGCUUUCUGAGAAAACUUUAGAAAAAGUGACUGAAUUGGCUGCAACGCGUAUUGAAUCGGUCUUUACCGAUCCUUCAUAUGGAAAGUUUGAACGUGGAGAGGCUCUAGAUAACAUUGGAAAAGAUGUAAGAAAAGUAUUUGAAGAAGAAGGUGAUCAAGAAAGCUUGAGCAUUCUUCCAAAAGCUGUUGAUACAGUGAGAAAGAAGGUAGUCCGUUCAAGGAUGAUAUCAGAUGGAUUUCGAGUUGAUGGGAGACAUCUUGAUGAAGUUAGGCCCAUCUACUGCGAAUCACGUUACUUACCUGCGCUGCAUGGAUCAGCAGUUUUCUCACGUGGAGAUACGCAGGUGCUCUGUACUGUGACACUUGGCGCCCCGGAUGAUGCACAAAGCUUGGAUUCCCUUGUUGGCCCCCCGAAAAAGAGAUUUAUGCUUCACUACAGCUUUCCUCCAUAUUGUACAAAUGAAGUCGGAAAACGAGGAGGCCUUAACAGGCGUGAAGUUGGUCAUGGAACACUUGCUGAGAAAGCAUUACUAGCUGUCUUACCCCCUGAGGAGGCUUUUCCUUAUACCGUUCGUAUAAACUCAGAAGUAAUGUCCUCAGAUGGAUCCACGUCAAUGGCAAGCGUUUGCGGAGGUAGUAUGGCACUAAUGGAUGCUGGAAUUCCUCUGCGAGCUCAUGUUGCGGGUGUCUCUGUUGGUCUUGUCACCGAUGUAGAUCCAUCAAGUGGUGAAAUAAAGGACUACCGUAUAGUAACUGAUAUUCUGGGUUUGGAAGAUCAUCUUGGAGAUAUGGAUUUCAAGAUUGCUGGCACACGAAAUGGUGUGACGGCGAUUCAGCUGGAUAUAAAGCCAGCUGGAAUACCGUUGGAUAUAGUUUGUGAAUCCUUAGAAAAUGCACGUGAAGCCCGUCUUCAGAUUCUUGACCAUAUGGAGAGAAACAUAAAUUCUCCACGACGCCAAGAUGGGGCUUCUUCUCCUCGGCUAGCAACGUUCAAGUACAGCAAUGAUUCACUUCGUAGCUUGAUCGGACCUAUGGGUGUACUCAAGAGAAAGAUUGAAGAGGAAACAGGUGCAAGAUUGUCUAUUGAUGAUGGAACAUUAACUAUUGUUGCCAAGAAUCAGGCUGUGAUGGAAAAGGCUCAAGAAAAAGUUGACCUCAUCAUUGGUCGUGAAAUAGUUGUUGGUGGCGUGUACAAAGGCACAGUGACAUCUAUAAAAGAGUACGGUGCAUUUGUUGAGUUCAGUGGUGGUCAGCAAGGUCUAUUACAUAUGUCUGAGCUAUCUCAUGAACCAGUCUCCAAGGUUUCAGAUGAAUUACAUAUUGGCCAGCACGUCACUACGAUAUGCAUCGAAACCGAUGUCCGCGGCAACAUUAAAUUAUCUCGCAAAAGAGUGUUGCCCAUCCCCAAACGCAAACCAGCAUUUUAUCCUGAAGAAGACCUGGUGAUGAAAGAGUCGUCAGCAGUCUCCAUAGAAACGUCUAGUAUAGGAGAGACAGUUGCAAGCAUGCCCAGUAUCGUAACGCCACCUCAGAAAUCAAAAUUAGCAGUUCCUGCAGUUGUCAUCCGUACUGCUGCAGAGUGUGAGGAGGCAGAGAAAUCUCCCCCUGUGAACAGGAACAACAAUCCCAAACGCACUGCAACACUGAUGCCAGCUUCAGUAGUUUCUGAUUCGAGUCUAGUAUCAUCUUCAAAAGCUAAGGAAUCAACUAGAAAGGAGAAUCAACCAGAGAACCAGGGUGAAGAGAGUGCAUUGGUUAGUACCCGAAAACUGAAAAUAGGAACAGAAAUGAUGGCCAAGGUAGUACAAACUCGAGAACUUGGAUUGGUUCUUGAUUUAGGUGGUGGAAUCCGCGGUAUGUACAAAUUCGAGGCAGGUGACAAAGAGGCACAGUUUAAAAUCGGAGACACAUUGCAAGUAAAAUGUACAAGUUUUACUACAAAAGGAAUCGCUGUGAUGGCUUCGGUUGACAAAGAGGAAGACUAGUGGUAAACUCGGUUUCAUCUCUAGAAAGUUUUCAACCCAAGGGAUCAUGUGGAUCAUACGAGAGUUUUGCUAGAAAUGUUUUUUUAUUUAUCAUAGGGAUCGAAUGAAGAGGUGAUCAUUUUGGUGGGCAAAUCUUGGUAGAUAGAUUCAUUGGCGUCACAAUUUUCCUUAAAAACUAAAUGAAAUCAGUAGAGCGAUAGACGAAAAGAGAAUCUCCAUCAGUGCAUGUCGUUUUGUUUCUCUUUUAUUGGGGGUGUUUCGUGAAACCGAUGUGUAUUCUAUGAUUUAGUGUAUUAUUAGUAACUGACGUAUGAGAGUUUUCAAAGGCA